CGUGGACAGCAGCUCCAGUGGUCUAGUUGUCCGUUUGGUUACCCGUUGCCAUCCUCAUCUCAAGCUCCAUGUGCGCCGCGCCAGCAAGUCCAAACAGCUCACCUUGACGAACAACUUCAACUCCUUCCAUUAAUUGUUGGAAGCAAGACACCCACUAAGUCCUCCCGAAGAUCCUCCUUGCACAUCACCCACAAGCAUCGCCGCGCAAACGAUCCCGAGCCCAUCAUGAUUUCCGACAACGAUCUCUACCGCCUUGCGAUUUUCCUUGGCUCCGCUGCCAUGGUUCUCAUUAUCUUUUACCACUAUGUAGAAGUCAACAAUGAAGAGGAAAAGCCCGAGAAGGCUGUACGAUCUGCGAAGUCCGCCAAAGCAGCGUCCUAG